AUGGCUAGGAAACGUUUAAUCCAGAUUUCCUUACUUUUGCUUCUUUCCUCAAGCUGUGCUUGGGCGAAUGGCGGAUCGAGGCACGGCGAACAACAACAACCACGCGGGGAGACGGUGCCGAGAGGUGUGGGAGAGGCGAGAUCAGAACCCGUGUCACUAUGGUGGACGUUGAGCUCAGAGGAGGUUAAGCGGGAGGAAGGGAGUAGAGAGAACAGCCAUCACCGCCCGCGGCGGCAGCAGGACGAUGCAUCGCCUGCCCACCUCGCCGCGCGAGCGCCCCUCGCCCAGAUAACACCAGCACCCGUCCUCAGGCGGCAGGACGACGGCCAGAUCGCGCAACUGUCGGCCCAGAUCCGGUCCAUAUCGGAUGCGUCGCGGCAGGUCAGCCAGGCGUCGCAGCAGCUGUCGCAGUCCUCGCAGCAGCUGUCGCAGUCCCUCCAGCAGGUGCAGCAGCAGCUCAGCCAGACGCAGCAGCAGCUCGCGAGCGCGCGCGCCGACGCCGACGCCGCCAGCCGCGGCGCCGAGUCGGCGCGCCAGGACCGCGACCAGGCGUCGCGCUCCGCCGACGCGGCCGUCCUCUCCGCCCAGAGCAGCGCCAGCCAGGCCAUGGCCUCGGCCGUGGCCAGCGCCACCAGCAGCGCCGGCGCCAGCGCCGCUGGCAUCAUCGCCGCCGCGAGCGUCUCCGCUCAGAGCAUCAUGGACACGGCCGCCAGCAUGGUGCAGGCGGCCAAGGCCGACGCCACGGCUGUCAGGGCCGAAGCAGACAACAAGAUCCUCCAAGCCCAAGGCACCGCCGUGUCGGUGACCCAGGCAGCCGUGGCUGUCGUGGGCGCGACCGUCGGCUCCUCGCUCCUCACCAUCGGCGCCGUCGUGCUGGUCCUCCGGUACAAGCGCAACCGUAAGCGCAGGCGCUCGGCGCUCUCCCGCAGGGCCACCACCAUCGGCUACCCCGCCUUCGCCGGGUCUUCCUCGGGCGCGAACUAUUACGAGCCGGGAGCCUACGAGACCCGUGCCGGCGACGGAUUCGGCGCCGACGUCAAGGAGCCCCUGCCCACGGCCGUGCCGGCCGCCUCGAGGGUCAGCGUCGCCCCGACCGCCAUCGGCUACGCCACUAGCGGUAGCCCCGGCGGUGACGGUGGGGCGGGGUUCCAUCUCCGGACGCCGCCGAGGGGGAAAUUCACCCUCUUCCCGCGGGACAAGGACGAGUUCCUCGCGGGGGGGUCGCGGGGGACGAGCCCCGACGGCGGCGGCGGCGGUGACGACGAUACAGCGGGCCCGGGAGAAAAGCGGGUUUCCAAGUUCCUGCCUCCCAGCCUGGACACGUGGCUGCGGGCCGGGACGGUGAGCCCCUUUGGGGCAAUAAGUAAGAAUAGCCCGUCGCCCGGGAAGGCCCAGAACUGGCCUCUGAGUAGGCCAGGCUAG